AUGUUUCAAUCGUUUAAUAUAAUAAUUUUGUUCUUUAUAUCAAUUAUAUCUGCAAAAGAUGCAGUUGAAGUAUUACAAUUCGAAAAUUUCGGUUAUUCUGGAUCAUAUUCAAAAGUUGGUCAAAUAAACAAUAUCUACGAAGAUUCAUGUUCAUGUUCAUUAGAUUCAACUCCAGUAGCAUUUUCAGGUAUAAAUACUCCAUUAAAUGAAGAAGUUAGUGUUCAUUUUAGAGGUCCUUUGGUAUUAAAUAAAUUUGCAUCUUAUGUAUCUGAUGGGUUUAAAUAUGGUGAUGAUAAUUCAGGUAAUUGGAAUAGAUUGAGUUAUUAUGAUGCUGAUGAACAAACAGCUGAUAAUGUUACAUUUUUAACACGUGCUGGUAAAAAUUCUUCAUGUUUAGGUUUAGGUUUAACUUAUGCUGAUAAAGAUGGUAUUUCAAAAGCUAAUUCUUCAACUAUAUUAGCAAAAGAUACUUUAAUUAAUUCAAAUGAUGAAUAUGUUAUUUUUUCAAAUUUAACUUGUCAAUCAUCUGGUUCAAAUAAUGAUUGUGGAGUUUAUAGAACUGACAUACCAGCUUAUAAAGGGUUCGCUGGUGCUGUUAAAAUGUUUUUAUUUGAAUUCCAAAUGCCAAAUGAAACUCAUACCUCCAGUAAAAUUUCAAAUUAUAACAUGCCAGCAAUUUGGUUAUUAAACGCUCAAAUUCCAAGAACUGCUCAAUAUUCAAAUAAUGUAAAUUGUUCAUGUUGGAGAUCAGGUUGUGGAGAAUUUGAUAUUUUUGAAAUUAUGAAUACAACUGAAUAUUUACAUUUAUAUAGUACUGUUCAUGAUUAUCAAGGUACUGAUCAAAUAGAAACUGGAUUAGCUAUAAGUGAUUAUAUUGAAAGAGAUUUGAGUGGUACAAUGGUUGGUGGUGUUGCUUUUGAUUCAAAUGGUGAUGUUACUGUUUGGAUUUCAAAUUCAACUUCUUUUGAUCAAUCAGUUAAUGCAAGUUCUGUGAAUUCUUGGAUUAAAAAUGAUAAAGAUUCUGCUACAACUACUUUAUCUUCAGCUUCUUUAGCAAGUGCAACCGGUGGUAGUAGUUCAAGUAAAAAGGGAGAUGGUAUGAGUUAUAAACCAUCAAUUUUGAUGAAUUUGGUUGCGUUAUUGACAAUGUGGAUUUUAUAG